UGGAUCAAUCCAGUUUUCUUGUUAGGUGCACAUAAGGGGGUCACUAGUCACCAGCAACCUUUCUUGUGCAUUUUCAUCAUCUGAUGCUGCAAGGCGUGACUGAUCCUUGUUCAUGUGAUAGAGAAGGGGAGGCGGUUCUCUAAAAGAGUUUGCAGGGAUCCCGAUUGCAUUACUUGAGUCUGACUACCCAGAAAGGUUUUGGAGAUAGUAUUUGUUGUUGGAUUUUUUAAAAAUAUAUAUUUUUUGCAGUUGUUGUCAUAUUUUCUUCUAACGGUAGAAAAAUAAUACGGUGUUGGUUUUCAGCUAUGGGAGCAGCAACAUCUGCAGAGCGAGCUGGAAAGAGUGAAGAAGAUGCGACAACUAAUGAAGAGCAGAGUGAAGCAGUGGAUGACGAGAUUCAAGAAGGAGAUGAAGCUGAUGCCAAGCUUUUACAGAAAAAUGGCCAGAUUUCCAGUCUGAAUGGGAAACCGGAAGACCAGGAGGUGGAACUCAAUGGAGAGACAGAGCAGCUAAAUGUAACGAAAGAGGAGCAGGCCACUGCAGGAGUUGGGCAAAGCGACUCCACAGCUGUGUCCCAGAAAGAAGAAGUGUCUGAGAAGAUGGAAACAGUACAGGAAGAAGUCGUGUCUCAAGUGAACGGGGAGAAGGAAAAAGAAAAGGAUUCACAGGCUGAGAAUAAGGAGUCUCCAACUGAGGAAAAGACAGAGAAGGAGGAGAAGCCCAGUGAGCCUGAGGCAAAUGAAGUUGGAUUUAAAAAGGUCUUCAAAUUUGUAGGCUUUAAAUUUACAUUGAAGAAAGAUAAGAAUGAAAAGACUGAGCCUGUCCAACUGCUUACUGUAAAAAAUGAGGAAGGUGAAGCAAGCAGCUCAGAAGUCACUGAGGAAUCAAAGGCAGAGGCUGCGACAGAGGAAACCAAACCAUCUGAGGAGGAAGAAAGUGCACCUGAAGAGAAAGAUGUGGCCGAAACUGCAACUGAGCCUGUUGUUGCUGAGGAAACUUCAGAAAAAAUCAAUGGGGAAGCCAGUGAAAAGCCAGAAGAAGCAGCAGAAGCAGCAGAGGUAACAGAAACAGUUAAAGAACCAGAGAAACCAGCAGAGUCUCCAACCAGCCCUCCAUUACAGGAAACACAAUCCCCACUUAAGAGGUUUUUCUCUCAGGGGUUGUUUUCCAAUCUGAGAAAAAAGACCAGUUUUAAAAAGCCUAAAGAAGAAGAACAGCCUGUUGUUGGAAGUAUUGAAGCAGAUGCUGAGGAAGAAACAAAGGAACCAGAGGUAAAAGAGGAGGAGGCUCCAACAGAGGUUGAGAAAAAAAUAGAAGAGACAGCCACAGUACCGCAGCCAGAACAACCUGCAACACAAAAAGUCACUGAAGCAACAGAGGAUGUAUCAGAACCCACAGAGAAAGAACCUGAAGCAGCAGCAGAGCAGAAAACAGAAAAGGUUAAAAGUGAUGUAGCUGCUGAGGGUCUGGAUGCUGUUCCUGAGAUUGUGGAGGAAAAGGUGGCAGACCUUCAAAGCUGUGUUCCAGAGAAAAAAACAGAAGCAGAGGUUCCAGAGGUGAAAAGUGAAGCAGAGCAAGACAAAGUAACGAAAGAAGAGGUUCAGCAGAGUGAACCUGCAGUUGAAUCAAAACCAACAGCAGAAACGGUAAAAGAUGCUGUAGAACAAACAAUUCCAGAGGACUCAUCCACAAUCAAACUGCCACAAGGUGUCACAACUGAGGCUGAACUGUUAUCUUCCCAAGAAAAAGCCAAGCUACAAGGUAGCCCACUUAAAAAGCUUUUCAAUGGGACUGGAUUGAAAAAAUUGUCUGGAAAGAAACACAAAGGAAAGAAAGAGGAAGAGUCAAAGCUUACUGAAUCAUGUGAAAAUGGGACUGAGCAGCUGCAAUCUUCCACUGAAUCUGCAGAAGGACAAAAAGUAGAGAGCUUACCCUCUUCACCUGAAGAAUCUACUGAGAAUGUUGUUGCAGACACAGACCAGACAGAGACUGGGCUUGAAACAGAAGGGGAUGGUGCUACUUCUGAUGGAGAAAGGAAAAAGGAUGGAAUUACACCCUGGGCUUCAUUCAAAAAGAUGGUCACGUCAAAGAAGCGAGUCAAAAGGCCUUCUGAGAGUGACAAAGAAGACGAGUCAAUUGAAAAGCCUAAAAGCGCAACUAUGUCUUCAACAGAGAGUUCAACAUUUGCUGAGAAACAGGAAGUGUCCAAAGCCAAUGAGGAGGAACUGAAUUUAGAACCGAGCACUGAAGAGCCCAAAAAGAAAGUUGACACGUCUGUGUCCUGGGAAGCGCUGAUCUGUGUAGGGUCAUCCAAAAAGAGGACUAGGAAGACAUCAGACUCAGAUGAUGAGUCUCCAAAGUUAGCAGUGGAAGUCGAGAAAUCAGUUGAGGAAUCUGAAAAAAGUAAGGAUGCAACAGCAGAAUCUCCAAUAACAGGCUCUCAAGAAGCAGACCAUGAGCAAGCGUGUUCCUCACCAGAGCAAGCUGGAAGUCCCUCUGAUGGAGAAGGGGUGUCUACUUGGGAAUCAUUUAAGAGGCUAGUUACCCCGAGAAGAAAACCCAAGCUGGAAGACAAAUCAGAGGAAUCAGUUGCAGCUCCUGCUACUGAACAAGUUCCUUCAGACAGCGAAGUUGGAAAAGAGGAAUCCUCAUUUUCUUUAAAGAAACUAAUGCCAGGGCGCAAAAAGAAGAGGUCUGAUGCCAAGCAAGAGCAUAUUCCAGCAGAUGAAGCCAGAAAAGAGGCUGUGGCAACAGAAACCGGUGAAGAGGACUUCGAUACUCCAGCUGUUGUCCCCUUGUCAGAAUAUGAUACUGCAGAGCCAGAACAAGUUGAGAUUGUCCUGCAAGAGGAGACUACAGUAGAAGUAAAACAACUAUCAGAAGUUCAGAUUGUAACUGAAGAGGUUAAACCAGCAGCUGCUGCUGUCACCCAAGAGGCAAAGGCAGUUUCUGAGGAAGAGAAACCUGUUGCUGAGAAGAUUGAAACAGUUGAAGAAAGAUCACCAUCCUGGAUAUCAGCAACAGUUACUGAAGAAAUAAUUGCACAGAGAAUUGAAAGUAUAAGCACACACCAGCAGCUCAGUGACAUAGCUGAAGAAGUGCUAGUGGAAGACCCUGUCUCAGCUGUGGAAGUGUCAGCUCAGAUCACCCAGGAUGACACUAUUGCUGAAGAUAUUGUGGAACUGACUUCAGAGGCAGUUACAGCAUUCGAACAGGUACAUGAAGAGUCCUUUGCUGAGGAGACUGAAAUGGUGUCAGCAGUUUCACAGCUAAACGAGUCUGCAGCAACAUCAGGAGAUGCCACGCCUGUACUGGUUACCGAAGAAUAUGAAGUUAAAAAAACAGAGGGUAUAUUGCUGGAAGUUGCUGAAAGGGUGAAGUUGACUCCCGUUGCCUUAUCUGUCACUGAGGCAGCUACAACAACAGAAGAGGCUAUUGUAGCAACAGCAGUGCAGGUGGUGGAGUCAGCUGUAAAAGAAGACGUGAAAGCUGAUGUGGAACAGACAGACGCAGAAGCAGUUGCAUAUUGCACAGGCCUGGCCACCGAAGGACUGGAAGCAGUUGAGAAAAGUCUUCCAAAAACCACAGUGGAGGUCAUCACUGUCAUGGAUGCAAUUUCCACAGAAGUAAUUGCUGAACAGAAGCCUGAAACAUUGCCACUACAAGCAGCUAAAGAAUUCAUUCAACAGGAGAUAGCAGAGCAAGCCAAGACUGAGGUAGUAGAAGAGGCAGUUGAGGAGAUUGAAACAAAAGUUAAAGUGGCUGAGAUCAAAGGAGAGCCAGAAUCCCAAAUAACCAAAGCAGUAGAACAGAUCGUUGAGACAUCCAAGGAACCCCUUGUAGAACAAGCAGUGGGGGAAGUCUCACAGAUUGUGGAAAUAGAGAUAAAGAAAGAUAUUGAAUCAGUGCAACCCAAAGUUGAACCAGAACCUGCAGCAACCAGUGUUGAUCUGGAAGAAGCUGUUGAAGGACAAAAACAAGCAGAGAUCUCAGAACCAGAAACUGAAAUAUAUGAGAAGGAGACAACUGAACUUAAUUCAGCACAACAAGUGGAGCUUAAUGGAGUGCAAGCUGAAUUUGAGCUUUAUGAAGAGCAACUGGUUAUAGCAAAUACACCAUUGUUUGAAGCUGAAGGUCCAGCUGAAGCAACAGUCGAGGAGCUCAUUUGCACCCACCAUGUAGAAGUAACUGAAAAGUCAACCAUUGAAGAACAAUUACAUGAACUUGCAAAAGUUCAAGAAAUUGUUGAUGUCCACCAGGUUCCAGCUGAAGUCAUCCAUUCUGUGCCACAGGAGGUAACUGCCUCAAUAACUGAAACUCCUGCAACUGAGAUUUCAGAAGUCCAGGAAGCUCAAUUUGCUGUAACAGCAGCUGCAAUUGAAGAGCAGGUUGUUAAAGAAACUGUCAGCAUUAUUGACCCACCAUCAGAAACUGUAAAGCCUGACACAGUAAAGGUGACCACAGACUCAGGAAAGGCUGUCUCGGUAAAGUUUAAAGAUGUGCUUGAAAGCACAACUGUGGUUGAACACACAGUAGCUGAGACUGCAGCUGCAAUUGUUGAAGCUGUAAUUGAAGCUGCUACCAGUGGAAUGCCUGAUGAAAACUUGAUCCAUGAACAUUUUGAAACAUUGGAUACUAAAACUCAAGCAGUAGAGAAAGAACAUGUAAUUCAGACAGUAGCCAUUGAAAAACAGAGCACAAUGAUUGUUCAGGAGAUUAUCCAGAAUGCUGUUGAAAACUUUACAGAGAAGGCAAGUGAAUCUGAAGUUGAGAUUGUGGUCCCAGAAGUACAGAAUGCUCCUGAAAUACAGCUAGCAGCUCCAGAAGUUGCAUUACCUGAGAAUGAGAUUCAGGCAUCUGAGCCACAGAUUGAAGAGGAAAUAAUUUCUACAACAUGUGUGGAAAACACUGAGACACAACCCACAGUAAUAGAGGAAGCUGAAAAAGUCACAAAAGACCAUGGUGCUUUGGUGGAAGAAAACCUUGUACCUAUUUUUGGGACUUCAACAGAAGUAACAGAAACAGUAUUACAUGAGCAGGUGGAAACAAAGGGAGAAGAAACAACUGAGCGUGCUGAAGCAACUGGCAUAGUGACACAGAGUCCAGCAUUGUUAGAGACACACACAGAGGAGGGAGUCCAGGACAAGACUGAGAACAGUGCUGGGCUGGAAGAGGUCACAGCUGUGUUUAAAGAAGAGUGCCAGGCAGUUGCUGAAGAAGCUCUGAGCCAGACAGUCAAGGGGAUAGAAAGCCUUCCAGUUGAAGAAGUAAAGAUCCAAGAAGUGGUGGAAGAAAUUGAAAGCAAAUUAGUGGCUGAGGAAAUAAAGAGCCAGGAGGUGGAAGAGGAACAUAAGAGCCAGGAAGAAGAAGUCAAAGAUAAGGAAAAAGUUAUUAAGAACCAAGAGACAGAUGAAGUGAUCAAAAGUCAAGAAGUGGAGGAAGUGAAGAGUCGAGUAGUGGAAGAAGUUAAAAAGAACAACAAAGUGGCAGAGAAUGUAGAGAGUCAAGAAGUGGUGGCAGAAGUUGAGAGCCAUCUGAAUGAGGAAGAAACACAGGAAGUUGUAGAAGUAAUGGUCCAGACGGUUAUUGAUGUAAAGACUCAGGCAGUGGAGGAAGAUGUUGAGAGCCAGCAAGUGGAGGUUCAGAGCCAGCUACCAGUGGUAGAAGAUCUUUUGAGUCAAACUACAGUUGUAGAAAAUCUACUAACAAAGACUGAGGAGGAGGAGGAAGAUGCAAAUAGACAGGAAACAGUGGAAGAAGAGGUACCAAGCAAGCUAACAGUGGCAGAUGAUGUAUCAAGCGAAACACCAGUGGUAAAAGAGAAAGUGAGUCAGGAACCAGUUGUAGAAGUACAGAGCCAAGAACCAAUGGUUGAAUAUAAAGAAUGUGAGACACCAGCGGUGACAGAGGCAUCAUGUGAAACACCAGUGGCAGAAGACACAGAUAACCAAAAACCAGUUAAAGAAGAUGUACACAGUCAAGAAACAGCCGUGGAAGAGGGACAAAUCAAGACAACAGUGGUAGAUGUACCAAGCGAAAUAUUAGUUAAAGAAGAUACAGAACCAGUUGCAGAAGUACAGAGCCAAGUAGUGGUAGGAGAAACAGUACCGCCAGUAGAUGCUACAAGUGAAACAGCAAUGGUAGAAGGUGUCACUGUUGAAACAGCAGUUGUAGAAGAAGCACUAAGUGAAACACCAGUGGCAGCAGCUCUGCAAAGCGAGAUACCAGUCGUAGCUAUUCAGAGCCAAACAGAAGUGAAGGAAGAAGUACUAAGUCAGGAAGUAUUGGUAGAAAACUUAUUUUGCCAUGGAUCAGUGACAAAUGAGGUUAAGGUUAGAGAAAGCCAGACAUCAGUGGUGGAAAAACAAACAACAGAGGAAGUGGAAAGCCAAACAGUGACAGAGGUCAAGAAAGAAGGACAAGACCCGAUACUGACUGCAGAAGAUGUGCAAACCCAUACCCCUGCCAUAGAAGUACCUAUACAGAGCAACAAAUCUGUUGUAGAAGAUCUUGAAAGCAUGACACCAGUAGAUGACAAAGUAGUGAGUGAGAUGCCAGAGAUCAAAAAAGAAGAUUGGGUAGUGGUGAAAGAAGAAGCAAGCCAAGAAGCAGUAAGUGAAGAUUUGCACAGCCAGGACCUUUCAGAACAAACAGUAUCUUGAGGCAAACACAGAUCUAUGAAGUAAGCAGGUAAUAUCUGUGGAAGCCACAAUCUGAAAGCAGGAAAAGAAAACUGAGGACUCCUGAAUGCACACAGGAAGAGCUCUCAUAGCGUGCAAGUGCACGAGGGAUAAGACAUACCUACCUACCUACCUACUUACCUGCCGCAUCAUUCCUGUCAGAAAGACAACCCUGGACACAACCAGGAGCUUCAUCCACUGUUCUUCACAGCUGUGACCUAACAACUUUCAAUGCUUUUAGCCUGAUGAGCUUGUAAUUAAUGUGAUGUCUGCUGACUUAAUGACUGUCCACUCCUCCAUUAUUAUAACCUGCCAGGGAUUGUGGAGGCUUGUAUGGUCCUUUGUUUUAGAAAGUACUCAGUGUAUUUCCUUGUAUAUGGUAUGUAUCUAAAAUAAGCCCUUUUGUCCUUUAUCCCUGUCUAUGCUGUAUGCUGUUAUCGCAGGCUUUAUUGUAAUUAGAUUACAUGAACAUGGUACAAGUGUCCUGUUAAAGGCCAGUUUCAAGUAACUUUAAAGCCUCUAUGUUCGGUAAUAGACAACUAAUGUCGUUUUUUUUCUUCAUACAAACAUACAGUUGUCAUCAAGUGAUCAUCGGAUUAUGUGAAUCCACUUUUGAGUUUUGACAGCCUGGGGACAAUUAAUUCAUUAUUAUUUUGUGUAGAUGAAACCUUUAUGAUUUACACAAUCUUUUUUAGUCCACCAGUAAUUUUAAUAAUUAAUUACAUUUUUUAUUUUUAUUUUGUCAACAGCUGGUUAGUCCCUGGCACUGUGAUCUAAAGCUUUUUAAAUUACACGAUGAUCUCUGCACAUUCUACAUUUUAAAUUAUUGUACCUCCUCUGAAAAGAAUAAAAAUGAUUAAAAAGUGUUCCAUGCUCAUGUAAUUCUAACAAUGGGUCUGCCUGAAACAUUAAACUGUAAGUGUUCAACCAUUGCUUUUGAAUGGUUAUGACGAUGCCUACUAUAACACAUAUAGAGCUCUGCUUCAAUACGCUGCAUGAAAAACAAGUAUGUACAGUGACCCUUUAAUAUAUAAAAUUGACCCUGCCUUACUGAGACAAUUUAACAGUAAACUGGACCAAAAUGUAUUGUAUAUGGGCAAAUACAGCACCAAACAACAUUGUACUAGUAUUAGCAAUCUUAGUAUAUACAGUUGUACACACUACACUUGAUGGAAGGUAUCUGAAAAAAUUAUAUUACAUUAAAUACAGUAUUUAUCAAGUAAUGCCUAUCGGUGUAAUAAAUACGUGCUUAUUUCUUGCAGUUUUCAAUUGGGUAAAGCCCUGAGCCCUGCAGAACAUAGUGGCAUGACUCCCCCUGCUGGCAUCUUCUAUGAUUAAUCUCCAGUUAUGAAUUUCUUAUUUGCAGAUUGUACUGGGUAAAAUAUGAAUGCAGAAUCAUAGGUGCAAACAGGAAGAGCUCAUACAACAUAGCUGUUGUGUCUAAAAGAUUUUCUGUAUGGAUGGGAGGUUUGGGGUAGGUGGGUGAGUUAAAAUGAACUACAGUACCUAGUUGAACAUGAAAGCUGCAUUUGCACUGCCUUAACCCUGUUUUUGAACAUGCUAUCAAUGCUGUUUCAGUCAAUGGGUUCCUUCAGGUCCAGUAAGGGUUGUAUGUAAGGUAUUCUUGGAAGAGUGAGCUCACCGGGCUCAAAACAGAAAUUAUGUCAUAUUUGGGGCUAAGGGUCAAUGCCUCACAUACAAGCCCAUGAGUGGAGGAUUAUACUUAAAAAAAAAAACAGAUCUGUGCUUAAUGCAGGUGGGAAAUGUUCAUUGGGCCCAAUGAGCAUGGUGCUCAACAAGAACACUGUGCAACAUAGUUGGAUAAAGGAUGGGAAGCAGAGCUGUUUAUUUUGCAGGACCGCUGUGACACUUUGAAACCCAUUCUCAGAAUUAACAUUAAGUUAUAAAUAAUAAUAAAAAAAUACCCUCCUAGCUUAUUAGCUUAUUAUUAUAAAUUAUGCUUGCCACCCACGAUUCUAAGGAAAAAACUGAGAAAAAAAUUACGAGAAUGUGAGGAGGAAAUAAAGUUCUGUGUAUGAAGAUAGCAGCUCCUUUCUCUAAUCUAAUUUUAGGCAUUAGCUUACAGGAGAUAUUUGAACAACCACAAUCAACUCCAGAGAUUAGGUUGCUUGCAUUAAUUUCCUUGUGCUUUUUAUAUCAUAACCUAAAUGUGAACUUGGUAACAUUUGUACAAAUUGUAUACCUAUGUACCUUAAAUCAUAUUGUAAUAAUAAAUAACACAUAGCUUCUAAAAAAAAUAAACUUAUAAUAACGGUAGCAUGGAUUUGAUUCUAUCUUUUGUAGUUUCCGAGCUGUUAAUACUAUGGAAACACAUUAUUGUUAAAUUUCAUUUAAAUAAAGCUAGCCUUACAAAA